AUGCAACUUAAAAAGCGGGUGGACAUUGAGUCUAACACUACGAAGACCUUGUUGGAUAGCCUCAUGGUCUCGGUCAAGGAUUCAGCUGCCAAGAAGAAAGAAGCCAACAUCACCAUAAAAUUUAUUGAUGUCAAUGACAAUGUACCCGAGUUUGAUCAGACACUGAUAUCAGCAAAUGCAACUGAAAAUUCAACAAAAAAUGUGCUUGUGACCCAGCUUACCUACAGUGACCUUGACCGUGGCCCAAAUGGCAACGUGACCCUACAGAUAAGUAGCACUAGUCCUCUGUUCCGCCUGGAAGGGGACAAGUUGUAUGUAGACGGAACUCAGUUGGACUACGAGGACGGCAUCCCCGAUCAUCAACACGCUGUGACCAUUCAAGCGGUGGACCACCCUCAAAGUGGUCAAGCCAAGACAGGACAGGCAGUGGUAGUCGUUAAGAUUAUAUCUCACAAUGAGCAUGUUCCUGUUUGGAGCUCGCCCGACAUUGAUUCGGGUGGCAAUUUCCCCAACAAGUCGCUGUUCGGAGUUGACACGCCUCUGGCCGAAGUGGGCACAUUCAUUGCCACAGACCAAGAUGGCGGCGAAGACGGGCACCUGGUCUAUUCCCUGACUUCAGCUGUCACAGAAAACGGCGAGAACGUAACAGGUGCGUUCACAGUCAACCCCGUCAGCGGCGUCUUGCUGACGACGGUCCAUGUCGACAGCGGCGCGAGGACGCCAAGUUCCUAUUUCGACGUCGUCGUAGUUGCCGCCGACCGGGGAACCCCGCCGAAGACCGCCGAGGGGAAGAUCCGUGUCAUCAUCGAUGUGACGCAGACGGUGUCAAAGCUGAUCAAGACGGCGCGCUUUGUGUCGCAGUUCGUGGCCAAGGUCGCUGAGGAUGCGUCGGUCGGCGAUGUAGUAAAGAACUUCACCGGAGCCUUCCCCGCCGCGGAGAAGACGGAGUAUAAGGUCACGGGGAAGUGGAACGAUACCUUUGAGUUCGAUGGCCUCAACUUGAAGCUGAUGAAGAAGCUAGACUAUGAAGAUACACGCAUUCAUUUUGUUGACAUCAGGAUAAGCGACGGUUCUAAAGAUGAAACAACGGUGAUGGCAGUCAGUGUAAAUGACGUUCCAGAUGAGGCUCCCAAAAUAGAAGUCUUGUCGUCAUCAGUACCAGAGGAGUUACCCCCCGCUUCUGUGGUCGGCCGUCUGUUUCGGGUCACUGACGGCGAUGACAACGAUACACUUACAUACCAACUAACAGGUGAUCAUGCCAAAUAUUUUGACAUUAACGCGGAAACUGGAAUUCUGACGAUGAAAGAAACACUGAAUCGGGACGGUAAAGAUGGCGUCCAUCUGCUCGACCAACUGACGCUGACUGUCACGGAUCGUGCAGGGCUGACGACUAAUUCCACUCUCAACCUCACCGUACUUGAUAUGAACGACAACACCCCGACGCUAGGGAACGGUGGUGUAAAUCUGAACAUUACAGAAAACUCCACCAGUGAUACAGUCUUGACCUCACUAACCUGCGAGGACCCGGAUGAAGGUCAGAACGGCAACUGUUCCAUCCAGUUGAAAACUGAACUGACCAACAUCUUCAAGAUGAAAGGGUCCGAUCUGACGGCUGACGGUACCGUCAUUGACUAUGAAGGACUUAGUAACCAACAGUUUGGGUACAAACUGACCGUUCUGACCACUGACCACCCCGAUGGCGGUCCACCCCGCACAGCAUCUAUCACAGUCGAUAUCCAACCAUCCUCGCGACCUCAGCCUCCCCGAGGUGUGUGUAGUUUGCGAAAUAAGUCGAUGCCAGACAUGGUCAACUUCUGUUAUGUUGCUAACCAAACCAUCUUCCGGUCGCUAUUAACAUAUGUACCCGAAAUGAAACAGUUCCAAAUUGAUCUUCUCUUCUCUGCUGUUUUAGAAGCUGUCGGGAUGCGCGAGUUUUGUCCUAACCACGCCACCAUAUUAAAAUGGACAGUGGCAUUGGUCGUUUUUGGAACAAUUCGAGCAGGUGUGUUCAAAGAGCUGAAGACUGAUGGAACUGGUAACCUGAAUAUGGUCAAUUUACUAGGAGUGCCAAUCAGCGGAACAGAUCGUCUACUGUUUGAGGCCAAGGGAAAGGGUCGGGCAUUCAUAGUUCUUUCCGAGUCCAACAAAUUUAAUCCUAAAAAGGGGAGAUAUUACUGCAUCAAUCUUGCUUUCACAAGCAAUGACGGGAAGCAAAGGAACAACGGCAUCAAAUAUGGGUGCAUAUCGUGUAGCACAUUCCAUAAAUCAGGAUUAGGAACAUCCAUCGUUGAGGACAAAUUUAGUCCAUUAUGGAUCUCAUGGACAGAUGGACGGAUCAAGGUCGGAGAUGGAACCGACAUUCACAACACCCCGCCUGUGUUUGCCGCACCGUUACCGACAGGAUCAACGCUGAUCGACGUCCACGAGGACAGCCCAGCGGAUAAGACAUUAUUGCACUUUCUGUGUGAAGACAAUGAAGGCGACAACAUAACGUAUUCACUGAAGAGUCAUGGGGACCUGUUCCACAUCAACAACGCCAGUUUAAUACUCACUCGUCCACUGGAUUAUGAGAAGGAGAGGCGGUAUACCAUUAAAAUAGAAGCAUUUGACGGCUUAUACACUGUUCCCGUUACUCUUAGCGUCAAUGUUAUUGACGUUAACGACGAAACCCCAGUUCUGACGUUCGGUGAUGACCUUGGGAUUCCAGAAGAGAUGCCAAUAGGGUCCAUUCUUGGUGGCUUGUUCAAAGCGGUGGACGCUGAUCCUAACGACAAUCUUACUUAUAUUUUGCAAGGUGAUGGUGCGAGCUACUUCAACUUCACCAACAACGUCCUCAGGAUCAUCGACCACAUUGACCGGGACUUGCCAAGAGGACCUCAUGGCUUCCCCAACCUGACCUUCAUCGUCAAGGACUCAGGCAGUCAUGAGGCUAAAUCCGUUCGCUCUUUGAAAGUGUUAGACAUCAACGACAACUAUCCUUGCUUCGAAAAGAAUAUCUAUCACCUCAACGUUGGUGAAAACUCUUCAAGUCACACACUAUUGACAAGAAUUCGAACGUUUGACGCUGACGAAGGUCCGAACGGGAAUGUUUCUCUAACUUUAAAGACUGGUGAUGAUUUAAAAGACCUUUUCCACCUCGAAGGAAUUAAUCUAUAUGCUGAUGGUGACAAAAUGGAUUUUGAGACACUUGGAGAGGCCAACUCUAUACUGAGGUUUUCUGUGGAGGGAUCCGAUGCGCCAUCACUGGGUGACGCCAAGACAAGCACCGCUAGUAUCUACGUGUCCAUAGUUUCAAAGAACGAAUACUCCCCUACAUGGACGUCCCCAGAAAUGAAAGACAAGGAUAAUUUCAAGGGUAUCAGUGUUCCGGAGAACAUCAGCUUCUUUUCUGAGGUGGCCCUCUUCACAGCAAGCGAUGAGGACGUCGGCGUUGAUGGCUAUGUGCGCGACGCUGCCGGAAUGGAUACGUUGACUCUGGUUGUCGAAGCAGCAGACACAGGAACCAAACCCACGACAGUGACUGGAACUCUUGUCCUCAAGAUUGAAAACAUUAAUGACAAUGUCCCCAGAUUCGAAAAGACUCUUGAAGAUUUGGAAUUGUCCACCGACAAGCCGCCAGGAUCAUCAUUGGCAACAAUCAUAGCCGAAGACGUUGACAACGACACCAUCAGCUACAGUAUCUUAGGAAGAGACAAGGAUCUGUUUGAAUAUUUAGAUUCCAAGCUGAAGACCAAGAAUAAAUUGUCCAAAAGAAAAAGCUAUUUGAUAGAACUAAGAGCAUCCGACGGUGUCCAUGUGGCGUCAUGUGCCGUGUCCAUUCAUGGAGACGAGACUGAAAGUCCGAACAAGUCCGACAUGGUAUCCGUCAGCGCAAAGUCCGAUGUCAAAAUACCAGAAGAGAUCCCAGCAGGGUUACCUGUGCCCAGUCUCUUUGUUGUCAUGGCGACAGACUCCGCCAAGAAUAUCAGCUAUUCACUUACUGGGGACGACAGCCACUUCUUCAGUAUUCAUCGGGACACGGGUGAGAUGUCAGUGAAGGAAAGGAUUGACGCGGACAACAGGACGAGACUCCUUCUUGAUAAACUGACCGUUCAAGUAGACACAGGAGGAGGCGUAGUGAAAACAGCUGACCUUACAGUGACCAUUGAAGAUAUCAACGACAACAUGCCUCUUUUCGAACAGACCUUCUACACUGUGAACGUCACGGAAAAUUCUACAAGCAUUUCAUUGGUGAAUCUCACAUGCAGUGACGCCGACAGAGGAGGCAAUGGCAAUAUAACCAUGUACAUAACUGAUGGGGACAAGUCACUUUUCAACAUUGACGGCCAUAACCUCAUAGUGGACGGCACCACGGUCGACUACGACACCGACGGCGACUCCAGCUACACCAUCACAGUCCACGCUGUGGAUUCGCCAAGCGCUGGCCAACCCAGGACAGGAGCAACGGUCAUUUUGGUCAAGGUUCUUCCAAGAAAUGAGUUUAUUCCCUCCUGGAAACUGUCAAACGGCAGCAUGGCGACUUCAAGGUCAGACAUACACCUUGCGAAAAACACCGAUGUAGGAACGAUGGUGUCAGUCAUAACAGCCACAGACCAGGACCUGGGCGACGACGGAAAGGUGUCAUACUUUCUGGACAACGUCACUUCCGACGCAGGCAGCAUCACCCGCGGCAUCUUCUCCGUUACCCAAGACACCGGAAUUCUUAAAACCGAAUCCUCAUUCCUCGAUGCCUCAUUUAAAGAUGUCAAAUACUUCACUCUAGAACUAAGAGCAGCAGAUUCUGGACAACCACCAAAAAAUGUCCAAACUUUCAUGAAGAUUUUUAUCGAUCCCCAAAAGGUUGACGCAGGUCCGACAUUUAGCGAGUCAGUGUACACGCUGAAGACUGUUGAGAAUACUACUACUGGGUUUCCUCUGCUCAACCUCUCGAUCACGUGGUCAGGGGGAGAUAAUCAUACACUAGAAAUUGAAGAACAGGUGGCGCUUAAUCAGUCAGAAAGGAUAUUUGGUUUUGAAAAUGAAAGUUUGGUACUCCUGAAAAAACUAGACUACGAGAAGACGAGAGUUCACCUUCUAACAGUGAGAGCAACAGACGGCCGAGGCUCCUCAAUGACACGGAUACUUUUGCAAGUUGAGGAUGUCAUCGAUGAAGCACCCGUCAUCACAGUUAAAGAACACAACAGCUUACCGGAGGAGUUGCCGUUGAUGACGAUUAUCGGAAGCCUGUUUUCUGUCACAGACGCUGACGUUAACGACAAAUUACAUUAUUCUCUGAUAGGUUCAGACAGCGGUUAUUUCGCCAUCCAACGUACCACGGGCCUACUGGCCGUGUAUCGGGCGAUGAACGCCGAUGGUCCCAAGGGCAUAAAGAUGUUAGACAACAUCACACUCGUGGUCACCGACAGUGGAGGGCUGACCACAACGGCUAACUUGUCCAUCCGUAUCACCAAUGUUAAUGACAACUCACCGAGCCUAGGGAAAGCAUCUUUCUAUGUCGGCAUCAAGGAAAAUUCGCCUAAAGAUACUGAGCUGUUAUCGCUUAAUGUGAGCGAUGCCGACAUUCCACACUCGAACAUCUCAAACUUUAACAUUGUAUUCGGAUCUGGUAAUGAACUCGGAAUAUUUUCUGUCGAUGGAAAUGUCAUCACAGUGAAUGGAGAGCUGAUCGACUGCGAGUCCACGACCAACACGAAGACGCAAUACGUCCUCCCAAUUCUAGUACAAGAUUCUGACCCGUAUGGGAGACCCAGGGUGAUUCCAGUAAAUGAGUUCACACCUUUCUGGCUCCUCCCGUUCAACAGCAGCGAGAAGAUAUACCUGAAUAAGACAUUACUGGACUCGGAUGAUAUCGGUACCAUUGUCACUAGUGUUGAAGCCACGGAUGAAGAUUGGGGGAAUGAUGGCAUUGUCCAGUAUGAAAUACUGAGUGUCGUUGAUGAUUCAGGCAAUGAUGCAAACGAGUUGUUCCGAAUAAGUGCAAGAACAGGAACACUCCUUCUGGCCAACGUACUUCUCGGUGUUGCCAGUGGGACAACCUACAACAUAACCUUCCAGGCUCGGGACAGAGGUGACCCCUUCAGAUCAAUACAGGGAGAAAUGAAAGUGUAUAUUGAGUCCUCCAAUAGACCCCCACGGUUCCUUCAGGACUUGUAUCAGUUCGACAUCUCCGAAGACAGUCCGCUCCACCAGCCGUUGCUCAACCUGACAGUGUAUGAUCUUGAAAAUGCCAACUUGACAUUUAACAUCACGGAUAACGGGAAGGAAUUCUUCUCAUUUGCUGGUGCGAAUCUCGUGCUGGUCAGCAGGCUGGACUUCGAAGACAAGGACACUCACACGAUAACAGUUCGUGUGUCCGACGGGGAGAAGUCUGAUGACACAACACUGCUGAUACGGGUACUGAAUGUCUUUGAUGAACCACCCCGCUUGUCCGGAACCAAUGCCUCUCUCAACGAAGAGCUUCCUCACGGUUCUCUGACGGCAAAAUUCUUUGUUGUUACUGAUGGGGACAUCGACGACAGGCAUAAUUAUACAUUAGAAGGAGAUGACGCUCAUUUCUUCAGCAUUGAUGAGGCAUCUGGUGUGAUGAGGAUGCGGGAGAGGCUGGACUAUGACGGACCAACGGGGCGGAAGUAUCUUGACAAUGUGACCGUGACAGUCACAGAUCUGGGAGGACACAACUCCAGCACACAGAUAUAUAUCACGGUCGUGGGAGUGAAUGACAACCCACCCUCAUUUGAUAAGGUUAUAUAUGAGACGGAGUUUACAGAGAAUUCGGAAUCAGGUUCCCACAUACUAAGUGUUAAUAUAUCGGAUGUUGAUGACGACACAUCUGGGAACAUAUCUACGACGAUCGUUAAAGGGAAUGACUUAAACAUAUUCCUGCUAAACAAGACCGAGCUUUAUGCGAACACCGAGUCUGUAGAUUUGGACAAUGGAACCGUGGACGGGAAUCCCAUCAUGGUGGUUGUCAUGGCAACUGAGACCACAGCGUCAGGACGGUCGCUGUCAAGUACAGCUGUUGUGAUGGUUCGGGUUCUUUCAAAAAAUGAAUUCUCCCCUGAAGUGACAAGCCCAGCGUUAACAAACGGGACUUUCCAAGAUCUACUGAUUCCCCUGUCAACGUCAGUUGGGGGCUACAUAACACAGAUACAAGGAACUGACGAGGACAGCGGCACUGACGGACAGAUGGAAUACCAAAUAGUCUCCAUACAACCAGAUUCUGAAAAUACAUCCAGAGGACUUUUUAACAUCAACUCGGACACAGGAGUGAUAACAUUAGCAGAAUCUCUAUCAGGAGUGAAAAAUAAAACAGACUUUCUGAACAUAACAAUACGAGUGUCGGACAAGGGAGAUCCAGCCAAGUACGUUGAGGGAGUCAUGACACUCAACUUCCAAAACGCUGCAAACGAAGCACCAGUGUUCGCCAAGAAAAUAGCGAUGGCGAGAAUCAGCGAGGAUCAGCCCGUCGGCAGUGUGGUGGCCAACCUUACUGUGGCUGAUCCCGAGGGUGAUCCACUGACUCUUAGUGUUGCGAGGCCAUGGGACGUGUAUUUCAGCAUGAACGGGUUUCAGGUGGUCCUCAACACCAGCUUAGAUGCUGAAACGUCUCGUGCGUUCAUGAUCACAGUCCAGGCGACUGAUGGCAAGAACAAUGACACCACGACUGUGAUGGUCAAGGUCCUGGACGUGUACGACACUCCGCCUCAGGUCAUCGUGCAGGGCCUGCUGGAGGUAUUAGAGGAACUCCCAGUUGGGGCAUCCCUCGGACAGCUCUUCUCCGUCACUGAUGCUGACCUCAACGAUUCAUUCACAUUCUCCCUCCAUGGGAACGACAGUCAGUAUUUCGAAAUUGACACAGUUUCUGGGGCAGUCAAGAUGAAGACGAGGCUUGAUUAUGAAGGUGGUUAUAGCAUUCACCGCCUUGACGAUCUGAAGGUCACUGUUACAGACAAGGGAGGGAACUCUACCUCCGCCUACCUCAACAUAACAGUAUUGGAUGUCAAUGACAACCCACCCACAUGUUCUAUGUCAGUAUACGAGGUGGAAGUCCAAGAAAAUACAGAGUAUAAUGCCAGUCUCCUCACGCUGAUGUGUCAUGAUGCUGAUGCUGGAGACAAUGAAACGUUGACAGCAAGGAUACUAGGACUUGACUCAAAUGUCUCCUAUCAUCUCAGGAAUCUGAGGUUGUUUGCCAACAUGUCCGAUACUGAUUACGAAUCACUGUCAGCGAAGGAGAGGGAAAUAUUCUUGGACGUGGAAGUCACAGAUAGACCAAAUAGAACAGACUAUAAAAUUUUACCGAAAAAUGAGUUCGUGCCUGAGUGGAUAUUACCAACACCCGAUGAAAACAACACAUUCCCCUCCAUCUCUGCACCGCAAGAUGCUGCUGUUGGAACCGUUCUUAUACAAAUGAAGGUGAAGGAUGCAGACCUUGGGCCAGAUGGCGACAUACAAUACAGUAUUGAAUCAGUACACACAGAUGCUGGAAUUAAUGCGAGUGGCAUGUUCUCUCUGGACGAAGUCACCGGUCUUCUCAGACUCGAGAAAAGUCUUCUGAGCAAGGAACAAAAUGCAAGCAACAUUGAAUUUUACUUCCUCACCGUAACUGCAUCAGACAAAGGCGUGCAACCAAACUCCAUCACCGGUAACCUGAAGCUUAUCGUACAACACAAGGGCAACCAACCUCCCAGCUUCGACAGGACGGUAUACAGGUGCAGCGUUGCUGAGAGUAUGAAGGUUGGAGACAAGCUGGUCGACGUCAACGUUACUGACCCUGAAGGAGAACAUGUCAACGUGUCCUUGACGGGUCCAUAUUCUGACGUUUUCGGUUUCAAUGGGACGGAGUUGCGACUAAAACAGAAACUGGACUUUGAGCAGAAUAGCAAAUACGUUGUUGAGAUCAAUGCAAGCGAUGGAGAGAUGGAAGUAACGUCAGUUGUUUACAUAUCAGUUGAAAAUGAUUAUGACGAGUUCCCAUCUAUACACCUGGUGUCUGACAUAGAGAUGGUGGAAGAACUGCCAAUAGGAACGGCACUCAAUGAUUGGUUUUCUGUGAAGGAUAUGGACGUUGACGACAAUCACACUUACAGUUUAAGUGGAAACGAUUCGUGGUUUCUCACUAUCGAUCAGUCAUCCGGCGAGAUAUCAGUAGCUAACCUGAUUGAUUAUGACGGUGCAGAUGGAAUAAUCAUGUUAAGAAACGUGACCUUGACCGUGAGGGAUAAUGGAGGCAACGAAGCCGAUGCCACGUUCAACGUGACUGUUGUCAAUAUCAACGAUAACACGCCCUCUUGUUCUGAGAAGGUUUACAGCAUAAAUGUUACUGAGGAUACCAGUUACAAUUCAACGAUUUUCACUCUUGAUUGUACCGAUUUAGACAAUAUUGAUGAAACCAAUUUUACGACACUCAUCCUUGGUUCUGAGAGGAAUUCCUCCGCUUUUCGAGUCAAGUCUCUGGACCUGUUUCUGGUAGAUGAAACUUUAGACUACGAAAGUGGUGACAAGCAAUACAUGCUGACGAUAGAACUUCACGACAUUCCGGAAAAUGGUCAACCCAAAACAAGCUUUGUUAUAGUUGUUGUGGAGAUAUUAUCCAAGAACGAGUUUUCGCCGAUGUGGGUUUCCCCUCUACCGAACACAAAUGAGACAUCCUUUCCGAGCAUUCACAUACCCCACGACACAGCUGUAGGGUCGCCAUUGUUGACAUUCACGGUCAAGGACGAUGACGACGGGCUGGACGGAGAGUUGACUUUCGGCGUCUCUUCGAUAUUUACAGAUUCGGGAAAUAAUAUCACAGGUCUCUUCACCAUCGACGACGUGUCAGGUAAUUUACAACUCAACCACAAACUGUCCUCAAUACCCCAGGCACGGAAUGCAAACUUCUUUAACCUAAUCAUCGUGGCUUCUGACAAAGGGAAUCCUCCAAAGUCUGUAGAAGAUAACAUCAAGGUGUUUGUGAAGCGAGUUGGAAACCGUCCCCCAGAGAUAGAGCAAACCUUUUACAGUCUGCGGGUGAUGGAAGACGCCUUACCAGGUUCUGUCCUGCACAGGAUCAAUGCAUCUGAUGCGGAGGAUGACAACCUCACCCUGAGCUUGGUCCAGAUGGACUCCGGCAAGUUCCUUCUGGAUUAUGAUGAGCUAAAGCUGGUCGAAAAACUUGACUAUGAGGACCAAAAACUGUUUGUCUUCCAAGUAAGUGCAAGUGACGGUAAACACGAAACACUUGCAACUGUGUCUGUAGAAGUUCUGGAUAUCAACGAUGAAGACCCUGUGAUAUUAACUAAAGACCCUCUAGAAAUACCAGAAGAAAUACCACCGGGUACUGUAGUUCACCUAUUCACAGUUGAGGAUACGGAUUUCAAUGACAGUCUUACCUUGGUGUUGAAUGGCAAUGACAGUCAGUACUUCGACAUAAAUCCAACAUCUCUGGAGAUCCGAAUUAGAAAGGCUGUGGACUUUGAUGGCGAUAAUGGUCGUCACUUCCUGGAUGAUUUGACCUUGACUGUUGUGGACAAGGGAGGCAACACGGCCAACGUAACGUUCAACGUUACAAUUUCGAACAUAAACGACAAUGCCCCAAUAUGUUCAGACACCCUGUAUACAGUAAACAUCACAGAAAACACACCCACAAAUGAUUCAAUCUUCACACUGGACUGCCAAGACAUAGACGAUAAUACAACCAACCUGACUUCAGAGAUUAAAGAUGGAAACCAUUAUACGAUGUUCAAGACGAAUGGCCUUAGCCUUUAUUUGGAUAGAGAAAUUGAUUUCGAGCAAUGUUGUGUACACCAACAACCAUUCCUCCUGGCCGUCCUUGUAACGGAUCAACAGAACGGAAGUCGUGGGCGGGUCAACACUGCCACUGUCCUUGUUCAUGUCCUGAUACAACCUUCAAACGAAUAUGAACCGGAAUGGUCAUCACCCAAACCAGACAUCAAUGGGUCAUUUCCGGAUCUUCAUAUAUCCCAGAAUGCUCCUGUUGGCACCGUUCUCAUCUCGUUCAAGGUCAAGGACGACGAUGCUGGAGAUGAUGGAAUAAUUAAGUUCAACGUUAUAUCCACAACUUCGGAUACUGGAGAGAACACAACGGGUUUGUUCACUGUAGAUGAUUCCACGGGAAACCUGGCUAUUAUGCGAAAUUUGGUAGCUGAAAAAGACAGCGAACAUGUACAAUACUAUGAUAUAGAAGUCCAAGCAUCAGAUCGAGGCUCAGUCAAAAAGUCAGUUCAAGGUCAGAUCAGGGUCAGACUCAAGCAUAUCAACAACCAGCCACCAGUCUUUGCAGAAACUGUUUACAGAGUGGAAGUAGGGGAGGAUACGGAUAUUGGAGAUGUGAUACUAAACGUUACCGCUUCUGAUCCAGAAGGAAAGAACCUGACUUUAGAUGUCGUGAAGACCAAUGCGGAUUAUUUCAAAUUCGAAGAUUUGGCGUUAACGUUGCAGAAAAGUUUGGAUUUUGAAAUGAAAAAGUUUUUUGCCAUCGAAGUGAAGGCCUUUGAUGGGGAGCAGGACGCCUCUGCUUCAGUCUACGUGACUGUGACAAACGUGUAUGACGAAACACCUGAAAUCACGCUGGAAUCCACACAGCUGCAGGAAGGGUUGUCAGCGGGAGCUGCUCUCCACAGGCUGUUCCAUGUAGGGGACAGGGACAUUGAUGACGUCGUUAACUACACACUAAGUGGAAAUGACAGUGUCUAUUUCGAUAUCGACGAAUUGACGGGUGCAAUGUUCAUGAGGACGGCGAUAGACUAUGACGGUCCAAAUGGCACUCGGGUCAUCAAUGAUUUGAUUCUGAGUGUGGUUGACAAGGGAGGUAACACUGCCAACGUUUCUGUCGGUAUCAACGUAACGAACGUGAACGACAACCCUCCACUGUGUUCUCAGGAUGUCUACAGAGCUAAUGUAACAGAGAAUACUACGUACGAUGAACCCAUUCUGACGUUACUUUGUACAGAUGAAGAUGAGAACACCUUCAAUUUCACAACACACAUACAUGGCAUGAUCCCUAAUGCAACAUUCAGGCUUGUGGGACUUGAACUAUUUGCUGAUGGUAGCAACAUAGAUUUAGAAUCUCUGGAACCUGAAGAUACACAUUUCCUACUCAUUGCUACUGUGGCAGACGGUGACGGAGAAAACAGUUUGACAGCGACAGUGAUGAUCGAUGUACAGAUACUGUCAAAGAACGAGUUUUCGCCAGUGUGGAAGUACCCUGAGUCUACAAAUGGGACAUUUCCACCCGUAUCUGUCCCCCAGGAUGCCAGGACAGACACGGUCAUCUCCAUGUUCCAGGCCACUGACCAGGACACGGGCACAGACGGACACGUCACAUAUACUCUAGGGACCGUCUCAAAAGAUAACGGUGACAACAUUACUGGACUAUUCGAGAUCCACCCACAAACUGGGAAUUUGUACCUGAAGGAGAGCAUGCUGAAACAGAAAGGUAUCCAGGACAUCAAGUAUUACGACAUACAAAUCCUGGCCCGGGACAAUGGUUUCCCGCAAGAGGAAAUCCAGGGGGUCAUCCAAGUGAAGGUCAAACAUUCCAACAACCAACCUCCCUACAUCGAGAAGACAGUGUACAGUGUAUCAGUGUCCGAGUCGGCUGGAGUAGGCACCGUGGUGGUCAACAUCACUGCGACUGAUCCUGAUGGGGGCAACGUUACACUGUCGAAGACAGGGAAGGAUGAAGGUGUUUUUCAGUUUGAUGGCCUCGGGUUGGUAACCAAAACUGUGUUGGAUUUUGAGAAGCGGAGUUAUUACAUUUUACAAGCAAGUGCCAGUGACGGUGAAAGUGAUGCAUCAUUCAUCGUACACGUAUCUGUGGAGAACCUUUAUGACGAGGUUCCAGUGAUCACACUCUCUGAUGUCAGAGGAAUUCGGGAGGAGAUGCCUGUUGGGUCCAUCAUCAGUGACAUAUUCAAUGUGAAGGACAGGGACAGGGGAGAUAACCUGAAUUACUCUCUCACAGGAAAUGACUCGGCGUAUUUUGACAUCGACGUUUCAUCAGGAGAAAUGGCUAUAAAACGUUUGAUCAAUUACGACGAAAGUUCUGGACUUCAUGAAUUUGUUGACCUUGUACUGAUCGUCACUGACAAGGGAGGUAACUCUGCAAACGCUUCACUGAACAUCACCGUCACCGAUAUCAACGACAACUCUCCAGUUUGUACACAGGCUCUCUACAGGAUCAAUGUGACGGAGAAUAGAAAUUACGAACAUCCACUACUGAGACUGACAUGCUCAGACAGUGACAGUGACGACGUGAACCUCACCACCACGCUGAAGGGAGCACCUGACAACAUCACCUUUACGGUGUCGGGGACGGAACUGUAUGUGGAAGGCGACAGCAUAGACUUUGAGGCGCUGAAGGAAGGGGCAUCGUCAUACAUCCUUACCAUCCUUCUUGAAGACAGACCUGGCAGCGUGGACUGUCAGAGUACUAAUGUCAUGAUAUAUGUGCAGGUUCUUUCAAAGAAUGAGUUUGCGCCAGUGUGGAAGAUCCCUAAACCUGACAAUGGGACAUUCCCACACGUAACUGUCCCCCAGGACGCCAGGACAGACACGGUCAUCUCCAUGUUCCAGGCCACUGACCAGGACACGGGCACGGACGGACACGUCACAUAUACUCUAGGGGCCGUCUCAAAAGAUAACGGUGACAACAUUACUGGACUAUUCGAGAUCCACCCACAAACUGGGAAUUUGUACCUGAAGGAGAGCAUGCUGAAACAGAAAGGUAUCCAGGACAUCAAGUAUUACGACAUACAAAUCCUGGCCCGGGACAAUGGCUUCCCGCAAGAGAAAAUCCAAGGGGUCAUCAAAGUGAAGGUCAAACAUUCCAACAACCAGCCUCCCUAUAUCGAGAAGACAGUGUACAGUGUAUCAGUGGCCGAGUCGGCUGGAGUAGGCACCGUCGUGGUCAACAUCACUGCGACUGAUCCUGAUGGGGGCAACGUUACACUGUCUAGGACGGGGAAGGAUGAAGGUGUUUUUCAGUUUGAUGGCCUCGGGUUGGUAACCAAAGCUGUGUUGGAUUACGAGAAGAGGAGUUUUUACAUUUUACAAGCAAGUGCCAGUGACGGUGAAAAUGAUGUAUCAUUCAUUAUACACGUAUCUGUGGAGAACCUAUAUGACGAAGUCCCAGUGAUCACACUCUCCGAUGUCAGAGAAAUUCGAGAGGAGAUUCCUGUUGGAUCUGUCAUCAGCGGUAUCUUCAAUGUGAAGGACAGGGACAGGGGAGAUUAUUUGACUUACACUCUCAUGGGAAACGACUCGACUUAUUUUGACAUCAACGUGUCUUCGGGAGAGAUGGUUGUAAAAAGUUUGAUCAAUCACGACGGACGUUCUGGGGUUCGUGAACUUCAUGACCUUGUACUGGUCGUCACUGACAAGGGAGGUAACUCUGCCAACACUUCACUGAACAUCACCAUCACCGAUAUCAACGACAAUGCUCCUGUUUGUACACAGGCUCUCUACAGGAUCAAUGUGACCGAGAAUACGACUUACGAUCACCCACUACUGAGUCUGACAUGCUCAGACAGUGACAGUGACGACGUGAACCUCACCACCACGCUGAAGGGAGCACCUGACAACAUCACCUUUACAGUGUCGGGGACGGAACUGUAUGUGGAAGGCAACAGCAUAGACUUUGAGGCGCUGGAGGAAGGGGCAUCGUCAUACAUCCUUACCAUCCUUCUUGAAGACAGACCUGGCAGGGAGGACUGUCAGAGUACUAAUGUCAUGAUAUAUGUGCAGACACUGUCAAAGAACGAGUUUUCACCAGUGUGGAAGUACCCUGAGUCUGACAAUGGGACAUUCCCACCCGUAACUGUCCCCCAGGACGCCAGGACAGAGACGGUCAUCUCCAUGUUCCAGGCUACUGACCAGGACACGGGCACUGACGGACAUGUCACAUAUACUCUAGGGACCGUCUCAAAAGGGAUGUGA